CCCCUGCAAGCACCAUCUGCCCUGCUCCCUUCCUCUCUGCCCUUCCUCCCCCUCUCCCCCUUUCCGCCCCACAUCCCGCCGAACUCUCCCCGCCCCGUCGAGAUCUCUAAACAGUGAGAAUGGCCGACAGCUGGGAGGCUCGUUACCUGUACCUGGAGCAGCAGGUCUCCCAGCGUGAGAAUGAGUUCCGGGAGCGCGAGCUGAAGAUCGAGCGCGCUCGCAGCCUCAUCGUCCAGCAUGUGACCUCGGCCCGUGAGGAGAACGCCCAGCUCCGGCAGUCCCUCGAGGAGGCUCAAGCCAAGCUGAAGGAGCUCUCGGCUGCCGCGCCCGCCGGGCCCGCCCCCACCGUCGACCACUCGGCUGGCGGCGACUCCCCCGCGGAUCCCCUGUCCUCCAACAACCCCGAGGUCCUGCGCGACGCCCUUCGGUCGGCGCAGGCCGCGCGCAUCGCCGACGCCGAGCACUUCGAUGCGGCGGCGCGCCGCGUGCGCGCCGCCGUCGAGGCUCGCCUGGAGAUGGUGGAGUCACGCGCCCAGGCCGAGGCCACGCGCGCCGAGCAACUCGACGAUGAGGUCCGCACCCUGCGCCUGCAAGUGGCCAAUCUCAUGUCCCAGAAGAAUGUGGCCCCGAUGGCGGGGCCCACCGAAACCAGCCCCUCUCUGCCGGCCUCGGAUGGGGCCAAGUCCGGGGCCGGCGAUUCGGCCUCCGAGGCUGACCCCGCCAAGGCGCCGCCCGGCCGGCCCGGGGUUGGGCCCUUGGUCCCUGCCCGGCCGUCGGUGAUCGCCACCACGCGGCAGUUCCUCUCCACUCGUGCGGCCGAGUACCAGGGCUACCUGUUCAAGCAGAGCCGGAACAAGUCCUGGAAGAGCCGGUACUUCGUCCUGCGCCACCAGAUUCUCUGGUACUUUAAGUCCGCCGACGACGUGGUCUCCGGCGCCAGCGCCAUCGGGCACAUCUCCCUCUCGGGUGGAUCGCUGCUGGCGGUGCUGGCCCAGACCCCGGACAAGUCGACCCCCGGGGACUUGCCCGCUGGCGGUCUCCUCGGCGGCGGCCCGGGCACCGGGCUCUCCGGCCUGUCGAUCGCCUCGUCGGCCGGGCCGCCCCCCUCCUCCUCCUCGUCCAAGCUCCAGCCCUUCACCUUCGAGCUUCACACGCCGCAACGCGUCUUCCACCUGGCCUCGCCGGUGUCGGAUGCCGAUAUGCGCCAGUGGGUCCGGGCCUUGUCACUGGUGGCGAAGCGUGACGCCGUCAUUUCGGUCCCGCCACCGGCUGACACCGGGCCCCUGGCCAACAGCGGGGACAUCAUCACCCAGGGCUGGCUCAUCAAGCACAAGAACGGCUUCUCCGCCACACGCUGGGUCGUCCUCAAGCCAAGCGGGCUCUACUACUACCGGUCGCCGCGUGACGAACGCCCGGUCAAUGUCAUCCACCUGACCCGGGCCACGGUGGUGGAGCUGGUCAAUCCGGACAACGAGUCGGACUCGGAGUUUGACGACGCCCUGACGUCGCUGGCUCCGGCCGGGGCCGGCCCGCUGGGCGCCCUGCCGGCCGACAUGCCAGAGCACCUGCCACACCAUGGCCGGGAUCUGUCAUCCUCCUCGCAGCUGAGCAGCAUCGGCGAGUCCGGCUCCGGGUUGGACCUGACGGCCACCUUCAAUUCCACCUCCUCCGAUGGGUCGGUCGGUGGCGGCUGCGAGCAGUUGGAGAACCUGUUCGUGCCGCCGACCGCCGCCGGGACCCCGGCCGCCAGCAAGACCCGCGCCAGCCCCUCGCUCAUGCGCAAGGCCAGCCAGUCGUCCACCGCCUCGACGGUAUCCACCUCGUCCAUCAGCUCGGCCGUCAGUGCGGCCCCCUCGACGGCCGGCAGCAGCCGCAAGGGCGUCUUCGGGUCGACAUUGCGCAUUCGCGGCCGCGUCCCCAGCACCUCCAGCAUCAUGGCCGCCAUGUCCGGCGGCAGUGGCAGUGGCUCCGGUGGCGGGGGCGCCGGGCCCGGGCCCAUGGCUGCCUCCGGUGCCGGCAUGUCGGCCCUCGGCCCCAGCCAUGGGUCCUUCGCCGGAGGCCCGAUGUCCGGGCCGCAGCUCUUCUCCGUGACGCACCACCCCUCGCAGGGGCUCGGGUGGUCCCCCCGGGCCGGCACCCGGCCCGGCGACCGGGUGGUCAUGUUCAUGCUGCGCGUGCCGCGGCCGGAGGCCGAGGUGGCCGCCGCCACCAGUGUCCUCAAGGCCGACCCCUUCAAGACGUACUUCUUCGAGGCGCUAACCGCCUCGGACGCCUUCCACUGGAUGUCCCACAUCCAGCUGGUGUGCAAUGAGAAUGCGGCGCUCAGCUCGCCGACCGAGCGCCUGGUGCACGCGUUGACGGCCAUGCGCGCCGAGUACCCGAGCCUGGACAUGCGGUUCUUCUAUGCACGCGAUGCCACCACCGCCGGGCUGUACUGCCCGCGCGGCGGGGCGGCCGGCUCCAUCGACCCGGCGGCCCUGUUUGAGGCCUGGUCGGCUCGGGUGCGCGACUGCGGCUUCGAGUCGCUGGCCGAGGCCAUCCCGCUGCUGGUCUUCACCCGGGAGCCCCUGUUGCACCCCCUGUCGACGCUCUUCACGCCGCGCAUCCGGUCCGAGGCGCUGAAGCUCUUCCGCCUGAUCCAGCGCUAUGCCUCGACGCUGAUCAGCCGCAAGCCCGGCCCCGGGGCCGCCGCCGCCAUCCCGCCCUCCGUGGCCGGCGGGGCCUCCCUGUCGAUUGCCUCCGGCGGCUCCAAGACCCCGGCCACGGUCAAUGGCAUUGGCUAUCACAUUGGCCUGGCUCGAUCCAUCCUGCAGCGCUGCGUGGCGGUGCCGGAGCUCCGCAGCGAGGUGUACCUGCAGUUGAUCAAGCAAUCCUGCAACCACCCCUACCCGAGCAGUGCCCACAACAUCCAGAUUUGGCACCUGAUUGCCAUCAUGUGCGGGGCCUUCCUGCCCCAGCGGACCACCGUCCGCGACUACCUGCUGGCGCACCUGCAGCGCUGUGCCGCCAACCAGGACGCAAAUGCCUCGGCCAUGCUGGCAGCCUAUUCCCUGCAUACGGUCCAGCGGCUGAUUGAGGCGGCCCGCCUGGCUGCCGAGGGGUCCGGCCGGCCGGACGAGCCGCCCCCGGCCGAGCGGGCGCUUGUCCCCAGCCGCCAGGAGAUCCUGGCCGUGAUCAAUGUCGAAUCGCGAGUUCGCCUGAACCUCGAGCCGCUCGGGGUGUAUGUGCAGCUCCAGAUGCCGGUAUCGGCCAAGCCCCGGUCGGUCGACGAUCCGGACGUCCUGACCGAGAAGCUGGUCCACGUGGCCCUGCCGGUCAAUGCCCGGGUGUCGGAUCUCAUCGACCGGGUGGUGCAGUCGGAGAAGCUGGAAUUCUGCCUCACCUCGCGCGAGGAUUACGGCCUGUUCCUGGUGUCCAUGAGCACCGGGCAGCUGGAGCUCCCCCUGAGCCCGAGGACCCGCGUGGCGGACCUCAUCCACAGCGUCGAGGAUGACCUCCAUGCCUACGGCAUGAAGGGAUCGCGUCUGUCCGGCCCCGGGGCCGCCGGGUCCGCUGGCAGCGGGGCCGGGUCGGUCGGGGCCGGGCCCGGGCCCGGCGCCGGUGCUCUCCACCUCCCGGCCGGUCCCGGAGUCAGGGGCUCGACCUCGGCCUCGGCCCGGCCGAUGCUGCAGGACCUCGAGGCCCGGCUGGCGUCCUUCCGCCGGCCGGCUGACGGGACCUCCGGCAACACGGGCCCCCUGCCCGAUGUGUACCACAGCCUCAUGAAUGACAUGCGCGCCUGGGGCGAGGUGUCCUCCGAGCCGUUGGUCUUCGUCUUCCGGCCGAAGGUCCUCUUCCCCCUGCGGCCGCGCCUCCUGCCGAAUGAGACCUUCGACACCCUGUCCGACACGGUGACCCCCCUGUUGACCGGGGUCACGCAUGACUUCAAUGGACCGCUCAAUCCGGCCCGGCUGGAGUCCAACAUCGGUGAUGAUGGGGUCUUCACCACGGCCACCCCCUCGGAGCUGGAGCUCCUCUAUGGCUACUACACGCACCAGUUCACCCAUUCGAUGGCGCCGGUCGCCAUUGAGACGGCCACCUUCCUCGUGGCCGUCAUGUCCCAGGCGAAGUGGGGUGAUUAUGAGGCCAUCUCGGGGGCCACCCCGACCGGGGCCAGCGCCUCCGGUGGUGCCGCCUCCAACAAGAAAUCUCGCUUCGCCUUCGAUCGGUUCUUGCCCAUGCGCCUGCGCGAGGAAUCCACCAUGAGCUCCUGGAGCAAUGGCUUCCAUGACAACUGGCGCCGGCUCAAGGGCCGCACCGCGCACCAAUGCAUGCGCAUCUUCCUCGGGGCCUUCCGCCGGUGGCGCCUAUGCGGGUCGUCCUUCUUCGCGGCCGAGGCCGGGGGCCAGACGGUCCUGCUGGCCGUGCGCCACGACGGCAUCAGCCUCAUGAACCCGGACACCCUGGCCGUGGUGGCAGACUACCAGUACGACCAGCAUCUCGUGGGCUUCGGGUCGUACUUCCCCUUCGGCGCGUCGACCCCCUUCCACGGGCACGCGGGCGAUCUGGCCGGCCUGGCGGCCGGCGGCCCGGGGCCUGGCCAGGACCUGCUCGGCCCCGGCGGGGCUCCCGCUUCGGCCCCCUCGCUUGGGUCCUUCGGCGCCGGCGCCGGCGGCCCGGGCAUGGGUGCCAGCCUCGGCCCCGGCGGGCCCGGCUCGCUCUAUGGCAGCUCUUUGUCCCUGUCGACAUCGAGUCUGUCAAGCAUCGGCACCAGCGGCCCGGGGGGAGCCGGCCAGGGCGCCGGCGGCCUGGCGGCCGGUGGCGACCCGAUCCUCGAGGCCGACAUGCUGGCUUCGGAUGGCGGGGCGGCCGCGGCCGCGGCCGACUACUACCACGCCCCGGCCGGGGCGCACUUCGUGGCCGGGCUCAUCGGCAGCCCGACCAUGAGCCACAGGCACCUGAACUUCUUCGGCGCGGGCGUCGAGUCGGCCUCGGCCCCGGGCAGCCUGAUCGCCUUCGGGCUGGGCGGCGACCCGGCCUCCGGCCCCGGGGCCGGCACCCAUGUGGGCGUCUUCACGCUGCUGGUGGCCGAGUCCCGGUCGCAGGCCACCCUGCUCCAGCUCCUGGCCUCGGCCUGUCAGCCGGAGCCGACUGACACGGAUCUGCUGGACCCGGCCCUUGCCCGGCAGGACAGCGGCCGGGACCUUCUCCGCGCCCAGUCCCCGGUGCACGGUGUGACGCGCCUUUACUUCCACAUGCUGGCGCCGAACCGCCUCACCCAGCUGAUGUCCUCGUACAUCAAUGCCCGGAUGCAGCCGGCCCCGGUCGACGAGGCGACCCCUCAGCCACCCACCACCGGGGCCGGGCCGGCGCAUCCCUCGCCCCCGGCGGACAUGCCGGCCCCGCCGCACCCGAUUGUGGCCGGCAUGGCCCCGCCCUCCCUGGCAGGAAGUCCCCUUUCGCAUGUGGUUGUCGCCUCGCAGAUGGUUUUCUCCCGCGGGGCCGGCGACACCGGUCAGUAGGGGCCCGGCGAGGCGGAGCAGACCUCUGUCUUGGAGCCGCGCCCGUGCUCAAGCAAGCGAGCGGCCCACCCGGCGCGCAUCCAGGGACAGUACCCUGUCGCCCCGCGGCCCUCGACCAUGCACCAAUACACGUAUACAUGCACGCACACA